AAAACAAUGGUGAAGCAACACGAGCAAGAAUUCCCUUACGCGAUCCAGGAUGUGGAGCCGGAGCUGGCAGCAAAACUUAUGGUUCAUUAUACAGGCGAACGGACUGGGUUUGUUAGAGUCGGACCCAAGGGCUACUUCUUCCCGCACAAGUACAAGUCUCACGCGGCCAGCUAUUACAACAUGCCGGUACGGUCAGGAGACGUCUUCGUGAACACUUUCCCAAGGUCAGGCACGACGUGGGCACAAGAGCUGAUCUGGUUACUCAAAAAUAAUUGUGAUUUCGAAAAGGCAUUGGAAAUACCACUGAACAUACGAUUUCCAUUUUUAGACUUUUCAAUGUUAAUCCAUCCAGAACUAGCGAGGCAAAUGUACGAAGAGAACGACGAUGACGAAGAAAAACUGCGGAUAGUGGAAAUCUCCAACAUGCCCGGAUUUGAAAAAGUCAACGAAAUGCCGUCGCCCCGUUUUAUUAAAAGUCACUUACCAUUAUCACUUCUACCACCAACAUUAGUGGACAAAGCUAAAGUGGUGUACGUAGCUAGAGACCCGAGAGAUGUGGUAGUAUCUGUGUACCAUCUUUGCAAAAUGCACCGAAUUCUCGGAGCUCCGGAUAGCUUUAAAGAGUUUUGGAACUGGUUUAUUAAAGAUCAACAUCACUGUUGCCCACUAUUCGAGCACGUCAAAGAGGCGUGGAACCUGAGGCACCAUCCAAACAUGUUGUUUAUUUUCUAUGAAGAACUAUACGAGAAUCUACGAUUUACGAUACAAAGAGUGAGCAGUUUCCUUGGAACUCCAGAAUGCACUGAAGAGCAGAUUGAGAAACUCUGCGACCACCUCAGCUUCGAGAAGUUCAAGGACAACAAAGCUGUGAACCACUCGCUACUUAGCAAAAUAAACUUUAUCAAUGGCGACCAUAUGUUUAUUAGGAAAGGUAAAAUGGGCGGUUGGCGCGAUUAUUUCGACAGCGAGAUGAUAGAACAAGCGAAAAAUUGGUUCACGGAUAAUCUAAGCGGCACCGAUCUACUUUAUCCGUCCAUGAAGACCACUAGUUCUCAUUGAAUAUCUAAAGUACUGAAUAUAUUAGA